AUGGAGCCUUCACCGGCAAAGGGGAAACUGCAGGGUCGCCUAUUGGUGUCCACGACCCUGGACGCAAAAGAUGAGCUGGAGGAGGUAGGGUUACUAUAUCGCCUAUUCUCAAGAAGCUUUGCUACACCAUACGAACAGCUGUUCAACCAUACAGCACGUUAAAAAAACAUUCACUACAAAGACACGGAACCAUUUUACAGAAUAGCCUGCAUGUUGCUAGCUAGCUAUCAUUCAGCAAGUUUGGUUCCUAUUAUCAAAUGCAUUUUAUAGCCUAGCAUGUGUAGGUUUGCAGUAUGUAUUUUCGCUCUGUUGACGUGGGUUUAAAUAAUGGGGAAUCCAGCAUAAUUUAGCGUAGCAUUUAGCAUGCUAUUUUGGUAAACAUGGAUGAGACACGAGCCCAUGCACAUGCGCAAAGCUCAUCAUACACAUGUCAAUAAAGUAUAUUUUCUGACUACCCUUGUCAUUUUACAUUUUAGUCAUUUAGCAGACGCUCUCAUCCAGAGCGACCCACAGUUAGUGAGUGCAUACAUCUUUUACAUUUUCUUUUACAUUUUUUUAUGUCGUGACCCUUCCCCUAAAAAAAUCAAGAGCCUAACCCCCACACCCAGAUGGCUAAGGCAUUUUCAUAUAGUAUGUAGCUAGCUCAGUUGACAGUGAUAAUCGUUCUAUUGUUGUUUGUGUGCAGUCUUUGUGUGUUUUGUGUGUGUAUGAUUUAUCUGACUGUUGUUGUUCCCAUGUGUGUGAGUGUGCUGUGUUGCUCUUUGUGUAGCAUUUUGUGUGUGUCUUUUGUCUGUAUGCCCACAUUAUGUGAAUUGUGAACGAUUAUGCCUAUCUAUUCUUGUGGGUGUCUAUCUCUAUCUGUCUUUGUGGUUAACUUUCCUUUUGUUUUUGUGUUCAUUAGCGGUUGGAGAGGUGUGUGGGGAUCGUCACUUCAUUGACAAACGGCCUGUCGGAGCGCGAAGCCAACGAUGCCAUCACAGCAAAUGUGAGUCCCUUGCCCUCUCACUAAUAGUCCACCACCAUGGGAUGGGACUCUACAUACUAGAAUAUGCAGAUGAGAUGUAGCUACUUACAUAUUUUUGUUGAGCCUUAGGAUCUACAUUACAUUAGAUGUAUAGAAUAGGAUUGCAUUGAAUGUGACUAUGGUCAGAGUAAUCAGAGUAGGCUUAGCAAUUGAUCUGUACUCAUACACAUUUCUGCAAUGCCAUUUGUAAAUGUUAGUACUCAAAGGAUGGGAUACAUAUGCUACAUAAGCCUAUUGAGAAGUGUACGAUUAUGUACAGUAUGCUACCUGUAGGCUAGGCGGGUCGUUCCACCUCAAAAAGCACAAGAAUUUCGACACCCACCAUCUCAGAUACUUCUGAAAUUGUUUCUGUAGUUAGUAACAGAUGCAAUUAGCAUUCCUGAAACAUUAUUUUGCUGAAAUAUAAUUUGAUCUCUGAGAAAUUAAGCACCCAAAUAACCAAUUUUAAUUUAUAGGAUUCAGAUAAUAUUCAAUAAAUAUAGUAUCCAACAACGGUUUUGGACCAAACUACCAAUGAGUAAGACAUGAGGAAUAGUUUUAUUGUUGUUGUCAAAAGCCACCCACGGACCCCCCGCACACUAUGCCAAUCCCACCCCAACAACCAGUAUACAGUAUCAGUUUUCUGUUUGACAAGCAGUAUGAAGCUAUGGCUUGGAGUAGGCCUAUUGCUUCUCCAUACUAUGUAAUGUGUUCCCAAUGAGUCUGGUGAUGCUUCAUUUCCCCUGUUCAGAGAAAUUAGUAAUUGAAGUCGCUUGCAUUAUUUACCGUAAAGUAGUUUGAAAGUACCAGAUUUAGACCACUAGAUGCCGCUGUUCCUGCUAUAGAGCCGCACUCUUUUAUCAAUUGUGCUGGUCUCUUGUGUUUAUUAAAUAGAUCACAACAUUUCCUUUGCAACUCUGGGUAGAAAACCAAUAGAUUUGUCUCAUUAUGAAAAUAAAUUGUGUGGUCAUCCUCACAAUUCAAGCCAGUCCUCCAUGAAAGCAAUUCAGUUUGCCCUAAUAGCAACCUAAUGCUUCAACCCAACUCUCCUUGAAUAGUCCAACAAGUGACUGCUCUCUGAGAGGGCUAUCCCUAUGCAAUUGUCAUAUGAAGACUUCUCCUACAAGCCCAAACUUUGAUGGAGAAAUGGGCUAGGGACUAAAAUGUAGUGACAACCCUAAUCAAAUAAUUAAUUGCAUGGCAGUCUUGUGUUUUUCAAUAAAGUUAUUAGGAAACAGCUCUAUAUGUAUUGUGAAUUGUGACAUUUACUAUUAAACCCAGCACAACCUAAUACCAUUACAAUUGCAAAACACUAUACAUUUAUCUUAAUUUCUCAGAGAUAAAAUUACAUUUCAACAAAAUAAUGCUUCAGGAAUGCCAAUCUUACCUGUUUUCUAACUACAGAAACAAUUUCAGAACAAUCUGAGAUGGUGGGUGUCAUGGCAUGCUGAAAUGACAUGGAUUUUAAUAUGUUGAAUUUAAUAGGUUCAAGUUACAUGAAGCCCUAAUAUGGCUAAAACCUCCCAACACCAUGAUAAUGGAGGCUACAGCCAUAUCAAUUAACAUUUUAUUCGUCACAUGCUUCGUUAACAAGAGGUGUAGACUAACAGUGAAAUGCUUACUUACGGCUCCUUCCCAACAAUGCAGAGAGCGAGAGCUCAAUAAUAGAAAGAUAAUAACACGUAAUAAUAAAUACACAAUGAGUAAGGAUAACUUGGUCAGGGCUAGGUUACAUGGUACGAUACAUUGUCAUCAUCUCCUCCUCCUCCUCUAGGUGUGUAAGGGCCCCCAGCAGCACGAGGAGGUGUGUCUGGGACUCUUCGCUCUGCUGCUCACAGAACCCCCGCAGGCACAGAGGGUAAGGCUUCGUUACUACCGUAUACAUGAUCAUUAUCAUACUUCAUAUCAUUAUCAUACACCUUAUCAUUUCAUAUGAUCAUUAGGGUUGCCAAGUCAGACGGAGCUCAUUUCAGUAGAUUCAACAUUUUCACAUCUUAGUCUGUAAUUUCGUUAUGGCGUUUUCAAAAAUACCCUGGAAUAGUUUUACUGUUCGCCGGGAGUCAAAAGCCAAUUCUGGGAGACUCCAGGUCAAACCAGGAAGGUCGGAAAGCUCUCAUGAUCAUGGCACCAUUGAUUGCAUUCACUAUACACACACCAAUAUUUAUACACACCUCACAUGGUUUGAAUUAGAUUACAUAGUGACUCUUGUGAGUGCACUAAAAAUAGUGUGCUGUUAUCAACACCCUAAUACCUUGAAUACUUUAGGCUACAUGAUCUAUGAAUGGAAUUAUAGACUCAUACUCUGCAACCCAAUCUAUACAUCACAUACACUGCAAACACUUCACAAAUGUUCAUGCUAUACUCUGAAGCCUCACUGUCCUUGUCAAUAUUUACACUUUUCGCAUUUAUGGCUUUCACACAACAAACAUCACACACAGACACACAGUACAUACACUCAUAUGUAUUACACAUACUCACACAACACUAUAAAUACACACACUGCAGCCUCCUAAACCACUUUGUGUGAUUACCAGUAUCACACACACUCGAUACACAUCUCACUUCCUCUAACACCACUAUGAUAUAUAUAUAUAUAUAUACAGUGGGGAGAACAAGUAUUUGAUACACUGCCGAUUUUGCAGGUUUUCCUACUUACAAAGCAUGUAGAGGUCUGACAUUUUUAUCAUAGGUACACUUCAACUGUGAGAGACGGAAUCUAAAACAAAAAUCCAGAAAAUCACAUUGUAUGAUUUUUAAGUAAUUCAUUUGCAUUUUAUUGCAUGACAUAAGUAUUUGAUACAUCAGAAAAGCAUAACUUAAUAUUUGGUACAGAAACCUUUGUUUGCAAUUACAGAGAUCAAACGUUUCCUGUAGGUCUUGACCAUGUUUGCACACACUGCAGCAGGGAUUUUGGCCCACUCCUCCAUACAGACCUUCUCCAGAUCCUUCAGGUUUCGGGGCUGUCGCUGGGCAAUACGGACUUUCAGCUCCCUCCAAAGGUUUUCUAUUGGGUUUAGGUCUGGAGACUGGCUAGGCCACUCCAGGACCUUGAGAUGCUUCUUAUGGAGCCACUCCUUCGUUGCCCGGGCGGUGUGUUUGGGAUCAUUGUCAUGCUGAAAGACCCAGCCACGUUUCAUCUUCAAUGCCCUUGCUGAUUUCACUCAAAAUCUCACGAUACAUGGCCCCAUUCAUUCUUUCCUUUACACGGAUCAGUCGUCCUGGUCCCUUUGCAGAAAAACAGCCCCAAAGCAUGAUGUUUCCACCCCCAUGCUUCACAGUAGGUAUGGUGUUCUUUGGAUGCAACUCAGCAUUCUUUGUCCUCCAAACACGACGAGUUGAGUUUUUACCAAAAAGUUCUAUUUUGGUUUCAUCUGACCAUAUGACAUUCUCCCAAUCCUCUUCUGGAUCAUCCAAAUGCACUCUAGCAAACUUCAGACGGGCCUGGACAUGUACUGGCUUAAGCAGGGGGACACGUCUGGCACUGCAGGAUUUGAGUCCCUGGCGGCGUAGUGUGUUACUGAUGGUAGGCUUUGUUACUUUGGUCCCAGCUCUCUGCAGGUCAUUCACUAGGUCCCCCCGUGUGGUUCUGGGAUUUUUGCUCACCGUUCUUGUGAUCAUUUUGACCCCACGGGGUGAGAUCUUGCGUGGAGCCCCAGAUCGAGGGAGAUUAUCAGUGGUCUUGUAUGUCUUCCAUUUCCUAAUAAUUGCUCCCACAGUUGAUUUCUUCAAACCAAGCUGCUUACCUAUUGCAGAUUCAGUCUUCCCAGCCAAGUGUAGGUCUAACAAUUUUGUUUCUGGUGUCCUUUGACAGCUCUUUGGUCUUGGCCAUAGUGGAGUUUGGAGUGUGACUGUUUGAGGUUGUGGACAGGUGUCUUUUAUACUGAUAACAAGUUCAAACAGGUGCCAUUAAUACAGGUAACGAGUGGAGGACAGAGGAGCCUCUUAAAGAAGAAGUUACAGGUCUGUGAGAGCCAGAAAUCUUGCUUGUUUGUAGGUGACCAAAUACUUAUUUUCCACCAUAAUUCCACCAUAAUUUGCAAAUAAAUUCAUAAAAAAUCCUACAAUGUGAUUUUCUGGAUUUUCUUUCCUCAAUUUGUCUGUCAUAGUUGAAGUGUACCUAUGAUGAAAAUUACAGGCCUCUCUCAUCUUUUUAAGUGGGAGAACUUGCACAAUUGGUGGCCAAAAUACCAGCAACAGUGUGUGAAAACCUUGUGAAGACUUACAGAAAACCUGUGUCAUUGCCAACAAAGGGUAUAUAACAAAGUAUUGAGAAACUUUUGUUAUUGACCAAAUACUUAUUUUCCACCAUAAUUUGCAAAUAAAUUCAUAAAAAAUCCUACAAUGUGAUUUUCAGGAUUUUUUUCCCUCAUUUUGUCUGUCAUAGUUGACGUGUACCUAUGAUGAAAAUUACAGGCCUCUCUCAUCUUUGUAAGUGGGAGAACUUGCACAAUUGGUGGCUGACUAAAUACUUUUUUCCCCCACUGUAUACACACACACACACAGUUGAAGUCGAAGUUUACAUACACCUUAUACUUUUGCUACUCUACUCUCCACAGUGCUACAGAGACCUGACCCUGGUGAAUAGGGACGGCAUGAACGUGAUCCUGAUCAAGAUCAACCAGAUCCUCAUGGAGAAGUUCCUCAAGCUGCAGGACGUCUGCCGCACACAGGUAAACCGUUUGUCUCUGUGUAGAAAAGGAAGAAACAGUUUCUGUGCUCUCAAUUCGCUUUAUUGACACAAAAUACACAUGUAGAUUUGAUGUUUUCUAAUGAGUAAGUGAUUGACUAUUGAUCUCCCCCUCUCUCUCCCACCAGUUGGUGUGGUUGGUGAGGGAGCUGGUGAAGAGUGGCGUGAUUGGAGCGGACGGCGUCCUCAUGACCCUUAUGAAGCAGAUCGCAGGUUGGUCCAAUCACCAUGUGUACUGUUGGUUUCACUGUUUUGAGAUGCAGAGCAAAUCUUUCUGCCAAUGCACAAAGUAGUAUCUUGUUUCAACAUUGCUCGCAUGCCUAAAUUGUGACAAGACAAAAUGGCUUCCUCACCUUUUGUCUAUUAUGUCUCUGCGUUGGUUUGCUUGAUUGAGCAUCUCUGUGGCUUUUUUCUGUGUCCAGGAGGAGACAUCACCAAUAAGAACCUGUGGCUGGCUGAGAACGUACUGGACAUACUGGUGGAUCAAAGGUGUGUUGGAGAGCGGAGUUGGAUCAACAGGAAACACUCUUUCACUCCAGUAUUGUCAUGCAAUAAAAGUCAAACUGGUUCAUAAGGCAAAAACAUAUCACACACACUUAUAGGCUCAUAACACAUGAGAAGGGCUUACCAAUAAAAACUUCCAAAAUGACUAAUUCGAGGCAGAAAAUAGUUGGAGCACUCAACAAAAAAGGCAGAGAUUGAUUUCUGUUGAGUGCUCCAACUCUUUUCUGCUUCGAAUUAGUCCUUUUGGAAGUUUUUCUUGUUAAGCCCUUCUCAUUCUUGGUAAGCCCUUCUCAUUCUUGGGAAGCCCUUCUCAUUCUUGGGAAGCCCUUCUCAUUCUUGGGAAGCCCUUCUCAUUCUUGGGAAGCCCUUCUCAUUCUUGGGAAGCCCUUCUCAUUCUUGUUGUUAUUCAGCACCCUUUUUUCCGCUGAACACACACUGUGGAAUUUUGGACUAAUUUGGUUUAGCAUACAACAAUCUUUCUACAAGAACUACAAUAAUCUCAAUCUCUUUUUUUCCUCAGGGAGUGGGUGCUGAAGAGUGGCAUGCUGAUAGCCAUGUCAGUGUACACCUACCUGCGCCUCAUCGUGGACCACGGCACCCCGGCGCAGCUGGUCCUCAGACAGAAGGAGGUGGACUUCUGUAUCGGCCUGCUCCGAGAGAAGGUGAGGGAGGAGAGGAAUGAAGGAGGGAGUGAUGUAAUGAGAUCAGUGAGGUAAGGAGAAAAGCAAUAUAGUGAGUAAGGGAAUGAGGGAGGAGAACAUUUCAAGGUUGGAAGGAGGGAGGGAAAAGAGGGUGGAGUAUAGUUUAGCUAAACCCCUUGGGGGAGCGAAGAUGCUUAUGGAGUCUAGAGGAAAGGAGGACCGAUGUGGAAGAAGAUUUGUGUCAUAUUGUAUAUGUCCAAGAACACAGACUAAGUUAUUAUACCGUAUCUAGGUUUGACAAGGAGGAAUUUCCACACAGCAAUUAAAUAAUUGAAUGUGUAAUGACAUAUUCCCCUCUCUCUCUCUUCUACCCUCAUCCCUGUCUAGUUUAUGGAGUGUUUUAUCAUUGGGAGAGACCUGGUGCGUCUGCUGCAGAUUGUGGCCCGUAUACCAGAGAUGGAGCUACUGUGGAAAGAUCUGCUCCACAACCCCCAGGCCCUGAGCCCUCAGUUCACUGGUAAGGGUAAGAGAGUGUCGCUCAGUACGGGUGUGUGGGGGGGUGUGAGAGACUCGUGGCUCAGCUCUAAUCCUGUCUCUUUCUCUCGAUCUGGUUCUAUAGGCUUGCUGCAGCUCCUGACCGCUCGCACAUCCCGAAAGUUCCUGGCUUGUCGCCUCACACCAGACAUGGAGACCAAACUGCUCUUCAUGACCUCCAGGGUAAACACACACACACUACAACACUUCUCAGGACAGUACAAACACAUGUAUAGUACAUGCAUAUACACAUUUCCUUAUGACUAUCCUCUCCCUCUCUCUGUAGGUGCGUUUUGGCCAGCAGAAGCGCUACCAAGACUGGUUCCAGAGACAGUACCUGUCCACGGCAGAGAGCCAGUCGCUGCGCUGCGACCUGAUUCGCUACAUCUGCGGCGUUGUGCACCCGUCCAAUGAGGUGCUGAGCUCCGACAUUCUACCCCGCUGGGCUAUCAUUGGCUGGCUGCUCACCACCUGCACGGUAAGGGGUGGGGCAAAGAUGGAUUAUACUUUUAAGGCACUUUAAUGCAAAGAUGGAUAACGCUUUAUUUUAUACUAACAAUGAUUUCCUGUCUAAUGUUAAUUAGGUAGACAAUAAAACUUUUUUAUUUGAAUUUACCUAGUAUUUACAGCUAUUUACCUGGACGUUACCCAUAAAGAACAUGGUAAAAUAGUAAGUACAUUGUAAUAAAUACAUUUGUAUUACUUCAGUCUAACGUGGCGGCCUCCAACGCCAAGCUGGCCCUGUUCUACGACUGGCUCUUCUUCAGCCCAGAGAAGGACAGCAUCAUGAACAUAGGUAAGACGGUGGGACGGAAAACAAUACAUGUAUCUCUUCAUUACAUUUAUUUGAGUCAUUUAGCAGACUCUCUUAUCCAGAGCGACUUACAGCAGUGAGUGUAUACAUUUUCAUACAUUUUUUUCAUACUGUGUAGAGUAAGGGGCCAAUGUGUUCAACCAAAUGUAUAGAAGUAGGCAACAAAAAAAAUCAGGUGCUGGGUUAGUGGUAUAUUAGAAUAAUGGAAACAGAGGUUACAAGAUGGACGCUUUUCUGCUAUCACUUUCUCUAUCUGCCACAGUAUGCACUGUUUUCUCUUCCCCUUUCUGUUUUCAUGGUUUACCCAUCCAUUUUCUCUUCCCCCCUCCCUCUCUCAGAGCCUGCCAUCUUAGUGAUGCAUCACUCCAUGAAGCCUCAUCCAGCCAUCACUGCCACCCUACUGGACUUCAUGUGUCGGGUGAGUGAAGGCACACAUUACACAAUGGAGCUCAUUCAUAUCACUUAGCUAUGGUGAAUUUGCCACAUUUCUUUUGCUAUUCAAAGUGGAAUAUACUUUAUUGCUCAGUGAGUUAGCAGAGCAUUAGAGAGUGAAUAGAUGUUUUUAUAUUACGUGCAGUAUUCACCUGUUUGGUAGUAAAUGUACAGCAGUGGGGAAGUUAAAUGAUAACUUUAAUUGGUGUUAGUUGUGCCAUGCUUUAGAGAAGUUGUUAGUUGUGUGGUAUUCUGGCCUUCUGUCCGAUGUUUGACUCAUCUCUUCGUUUGACUCCUUCUUGCCUUCAAUUGAUCCUACUGUUUUUCUCUCUUUUCUCCACCUGCCCCCCUCUUUCUCCCUCACAGAUCAUCCCUCACUUUUUCCCCCCUCUGGAGGGGCAGGUGCGGCAGGGUGUCUUCAACUCUCUCACCUUCAUCAUGGAGAAAAGAGUGCUGGCGUGAGUCUCUCUCACACACACACACACACACACAUACAUGCACACACCACCGCCAUCAUGGGAUAUAUAUGACCAUGGACCUUGUCACAGAUAUGCAUAAAGAAAUAAACAAAUGAACAUUUAUAUUUAAAUUGAAUCUACAUUUUUGAUCCAAUUAUUUUGGUAUCGUCAGUGAUUUAGUUAUUUUAUUGCAUUUUAUGUCAGUGGAUCUUCAUCAGCCUUAUUGUAACCGCCUAUAUGUCUGUCUGUCUGUCUUUCCCUCCCUCAGUCACCUAGCCCCUCUGUUUGACAACCCCAAAUUGGACCGGGAGCUGCGCUCCAUGCUGAGGGAACGCUUCCCAGAGUUCUGCAGUUCCCCCUCACCCCCCACCGAGGGAAGGGAUGAAGGUACAAAUGAAAGUAAUUCAACUUUAAUUUAUUAACAUGAAUGAAUGAAUGAAUGAAUGGACCACAAUGGAAAUAAGCUGUUAAGCUUUAUUGUGUUAUCCUUGAUGAUUUUCUCAAAUUGUAUGUGGAGGCGUCACUGGCUGGAGCGCCCUUAUGUAUGUACAGUUGAAGUCGGAAGUUUACAUACACCUUAGCCAAAUACAUUUAAACUCAGUUUUUCACAAUUCCUCACAUUUAAUCCUAGUAAAAAUUCCCUGUCUUAGGUCAGUUAGGAUCACCCCUUUAUUUUAAGAAUGUGAAAUGUCAGAAUAAUAGUAGAGAGAAUUAUUUAUUUCAGCUUUUAUUUCUUUCAUCACAUUCCCAGUGGGUCAGAAGUUUACUUACACUCCAUUAGUAUUUGGUAGCAUUGCCUUUAAAUUGUUUAACUUGGGUCAAACGUUUCGGGUAGCCUUCCACAAGCUUCCCACAAUAAGUUGGGUGAAUUUUGGCCCAUUCCUCCUGACUGAGCUGGUGUAACUGAGUCAGGUUUGAAGUCCUCCUUGCUCGCACACGCUUUUUCAGGUCUGCCCACAAACUUUCUAUAGGAUUGAGGUCAGGGCUUUGUGAUGGCCACUCCAAUACCUUGACUUUGUUGUCCUUAAGCCAUUUUGGCACAACUUUGGAAGUAUGCUUGGGGUCAUUGUCCAUUUGGAAGAACAAUUUGCGACCAAGCUUUAACUUCCUGACUGAUGUCUUGAUGUUGCUUCAAUAUAUCCACAUAAUUUUCCUUCCUCAGGAUGCCAUCUAUUUUGUGAAGUGCACCAGUCCCUCCUGCAGCAAAGCACCCCCACAGCAUGAUGCUGCCACCCCCGUGCUUUACAGUUGGGAUGGUGUUUUUCGACUUGCAAGCAACCCCCUUUUUCCUCCAAACAUAACGAUGGUCAUUAUGGCCAAACAGUUCUAUUUUUGUUUCAUCAGACCAGAGGACAUUUCUCCAAAAAGUACGAUCUUUGUCCCCAUGUGCAGUUGCAAACUGUAGUCUGGCUUUUUUACCGCGGUUUUGGAGCAGUGGCUUCUACCUUGCUGAGCGGCCUUUCAGGUUAUGUCGGUAUAGGACUCGUUUUACUGUGGAUAUAGAUACUUUUGUACCUGUUUCCUCCAGCAUCUUCACAAGGUCCUUUGCUGUUGUUCUGGGAUUGAUUUGCACUUUUCACACCAAAGUACGUUCAUCUCUAGGAGACAGAACGCGUCUCCUUCCUGAGUGGUAUGACAGCUGCGUGGUCCCAUGGUGUUUAUACUUGCGUACUAUUGUUUGUACAGAUGAAUGUGGUACCUUCAGGUGUUUGGAAAUUGCUCCCAAUGAUGAACCAGACUUGUGGAGGUCUACCAUUUUUUUUUUCUGAGUCUUGGCUGAUUUCUUUUGAUUUUCCCAUGAUGUCAAGCAAAGAGGCACUGAGUUUGAAGGUAGGCCUUGAAAUACAUCCACAGGUACACCUCCAAUUGACUCAAAUUAUGUCAAUUAACCUAUCAGAAGCUUCUAAAGCCAUGACGUCGUUUUCUGGAAUUUUCCAAGCUGUUUAAAGGCACAGUCAACUUAGUGUAUGUAAACUUCUGACCCACUGGAAUUGUGAUACAGUGAAUAAUAAGUGAAAUAAUCUACCUGUAAACAAUUGUUGGAAAAAUUACUUGUCAUGCACAAAGUAGAUGUCCUAACCGACUUGCCAAAACUAUAGUUUGUUAACAAGACAUUUGUGGAGUAGUUGAAAAACAAGUUUUAAUGACUCCAACCAAAGUGUAUGUAAACUUCCGACUUCAACUGUAUUUUACAAAUUGUCAAAUCAUUUCAAUGAAUGAAUGAAUCAACACUGUUGGUGGUCCUUAAAGAGGAAUUUCUUUACACAGCUCACUACAGUUACAGACAUGCAAAAUAAACAUCCCUUAUCUGCAACCAUCCUCCCCCAGACAUGCACAAUAACACUAAACAAUAUUGGCAGGGUGGGAAUCAUAAAGAAGCAACCUUUGAAUCAUGCUUUAUGAUAUAAUUUGUAGAGCUGAAAAUAACCUCUUUCUAGCAACAGUAGGGAAAGUACUCUAGUCCAAGGGCACAGGCUGUUGUGCCAACUGAAAGUGGCUUUGGAUAAAAGUGUCUGCUGAAUUAGAGUAUCAUGUUCCAUCUUGAAAAGGAACCGUAAAGUAGAGCAUUUUCAAUUCAAUACGACUUUAUUGAAUUGCAUUGGGGUGCAAAUGACAGUUGAAAACUUGAAUUGUUCACACUAAAUAUCGGAUGAUUAAAUAAUUGAUGAAAAUGUUGAACUAUUUUGAAUAAGGUUAACCAGGAAAAUAAUAUGCAUGUGUUUAAAUGUGUGUGUGUGUGUUUUAGGAGGGGUAUAUCUAGCUAAGCUAUUAGUCCAGUGUUGCCUUUUUGAGAACCUUUCUUCUGUUUGCUUGCCUCUACUCACCCUUCGCUCCUCAGUGAAAAUGGAGGAGUCUGUUUCCUUGGAGAUGGACAAUCAUGUGUUGCUGGACAAGGAGGACGGUUGCUACGACAACACGGAGGCUGCCUUCAGCGACGAUGAGGAGGAGAUUAACAGCAAGGGUGAGGGUAAGGAAGGACACAUUUUAUUACUGCACUCAACCCAUAUACUAAAUACUGUGUUAUAACAAUGUUAACAUUGAACUACACCAGACUCAACACUUAAAUUGGUAAAAUCCAUUUUACACCAAAUGAGCACUAAUACUAUCUAGCCUGGUCCCAGAUCUGUUUGUGCUGUCUUGCCAACUCCUACGGAUGACAAUGACCAUAGGAGUUGGAUAGACAGCCCAACAGAUCUCGGUCCAGGCCUAUCACUAGCGUCCUCUCAUCUCAGAUUAUCACCACAUUAGGUUAGUUUUGCCUUCACUAGAUGAACCCCCCUUUGAACAUAAUCAGCAGCUUAAUACAUUAACAUUACUUUUAACUUAGAUGAAACCAAAUCAGAAACAUGCAUGUGAAAGCAAUUUAGAAACUCAUAAACCAAUUCACAAGACUAGAAACAUAUUAGGGCCUCACUCUCACUCUGCUUCUUACUCAUCCACAUCAAGUCAUUGGCUGACCUCUCAUUUUGGUUAUUACAGGAAAUAAAAAGCGGGAGUUCAGAUUCCACCCAAUCAAAGAGGCCAUUAUUGAGGAGCCCGCUGACAUCACUCCCUACGUGGACCAAUUGGACGACAUGAUGAAGGAGAAGGUCUUGCAGUUACAGAAAGGAAGGUCAGUUGAGUGGAUGUGACUUGACAAUGCCCUCACAUCGUAACAUUAUUUGUCUAACAAACAAGCACACUCAAUUUAAUUAAAUUCAAUUAGCCUUAUUGGCAUAAGACAUUGCCAAAGCAAACAUAUAGGAAUAUAUUACUUUUUAUUCAUAGCAGCUUAACACUCAAUCUUUCACGUUCACUGACAUUCUCAGUCAGAUCCUAAGUCACACAUGCCCAAUUCCAAAUCAAGACCCUGGAGAGCUACUGGGUGUGAAGUAUUUUGUUCCACCCCAGCACUAAUGCACUUUUUUCCAACUAAUCAUGGUCCUCUUCAGUUUGGACCUUGAUUAUUUCAAUCAGGUGGGUUACUGUCGGGCUAGAACAAAGGCUUGCACACCCAGUAGCUUUUCAAGACCAGAGUUGGAGAUCUGUGCUCUUCCCAUUCACAGUGGUAACUUGUAAAUAUGUAUGGAAUGAAGAGGCGUUGACAAUAAUGCCAUUAGCUUCACGCCUCUGCCUAGCUCACUAGUAGGUUGGGUUGUUUCUGCCAUUCUCCAUCCAUUGAUUUGAGUUGAUUUGGAGAGCCACUUUCAUACUUCAUCUCUCAGCCUCCCCCAAUCACUCCCAUUGCUGUCAAUUGUUGUCAUUGCUGAUUGCAGCAACAUUGCUGACUGCAGCACUGGAAAUCUUAUUCGAAAUAGGUUCGUUAAUAAUUAUUUCCUUUCCCAUCUCUCCCUCCAACAGUGACACAGAGACACAUUGUGAAGUCAUGCAGGAGAUAGUGGACCUGAUCUUGGAGGUGAGUGAGCAAAAAUAAUCUGAAAAACAUGGGGUUAAAUACAGAUAUUUAUUGGGGGUCAUCAUACACUGAGUGUACAAAACAUUAUGGACACCUUCCUAAUAUUGAGUUGCACCUCCGCCCUUUUGCCCUCAGAACAGCGUCAAUUCCUCUGGGCAUGGACUCUAAAAGGUUUCGAAAGCGUUCCACAGGGAUGCUGGCCCAUGUUGACUCCAAUGCUUCCCACAUUUGUCAAGUUGUCUGGAUGUCCUUUUGGUGGUGGACCAUUCUUGAUACACACGGGAUACUGUUGGUGUGAAAAACGCAGCAGCGUUGCAGUUCUUGACACAAACCGGUGCGCCUGGCACCUACUACCAUACCAGGUUCAAAGGCACUUAAAUAUUUUGUCUUGCCCAUUCACCUUCUGAAUGGCACACAUACACAAUCUAUGUCUCAAUUGUCUCAAGGCUUAAAAAUCCUACCCUUCAUCUACACCGACUGCAGUGGAUUUAAUAAGUGACAUCAAUAAGAGAUCAUAGCUUUCACCUGGUCAGUCUGUCAUGGAGAGAAGGUGUCCUUAAUGUUUUGUAUACUCAGUGUAUAUCUUGUGGGGGGAAAUGGGAAUUCUCUGUGGUUUAUUGAUGUUCCCGCUCUCUCUCUCGCCCUCUAUCUCUCUCAGGAGGACUUUGACUCAGAGCAAAUGUCCACUCUGGCCUCCUGUCUGGCCGAGCUCUUCAAGGGCCACUUCAGAGGAGAUGUGCUGCCCGACGAGAUCACAGAAGAGUACGUGUGUGUGCGCCUUCUGCCGUGCGUUUGUGUAAACAUGCGAGCAAAUAAGUUCUUAGAAUAUUAACUUUGUGUGUGUUCCCAGGUCGCUGGAGGAGUCUGUGUGUAAGCCUGUGUGCCUGGUGUUCAGGAACCUGUGUCAGAUGCAGGAGGACAACAGUGGCUUUUCAGUGCUGCUGGAGAUGCUGGCGGAGCUCUACCAGAAACAGCCCAAGAUCGGCUACCACCUGCUCUACUACCUCAAGGCCAGGUGAGGGCACUGGGGCCACCACACUGCUUAGCUUUAGCAUUAUUAGCUUUAGAAAUUAAUUAAUGGGACACAUUUUUGCCCUCUAACGGCUCUGGUGGUUUAACAUCAAAUGAUCUAAUGUUCUUGCAUUAUUGUUGCAUCAUAGCUGUAACCUAGUUCUAACAUUCUUGUAACAUCGUCUCCCACCACAGUAAAGCGGCGAUGGGGAAGAUGAGUCUGUACGAGUCUUUUGCCCAGGCCACGGCGCUGGGAGACCUGCACACCUGUCUGAUGAUGGAUAUGAAGGCCUGCCAGGAGGACGACAUCAGGCUGCUCUGCUAUCUCACACCAUCCAUCUACACUGAGGUACACACAAACACAUACACACAAACACCAUCAACAUUGCCUUCAGAAAGUAUUCAAACCCCUUGACUUUUCCCAAAUUUUGUUGUGUUACAGACUGAAUUUAAAAUGGGUUAAAUUGAGAUUUUGAGUCACUGAUUUACAUUACAUUUACAUUUACGUCAUUUAGCAGACACUCUUAUCCAGAGCGACUGAUCUACUCACAAUGCCCCGUAAUGUCAAAGUGGAAUUAUGUUUUUAGAAAUGUUUACAAAUGAAGAGCUGAAAUGUCUUGAGUCAAUAAGUAUUCAACCCUUUUGUUAUGGCAAGCCUAAAUAAGUUCAGAAUGUGCUUAACAAGUCACAUAAUAAGGUGCAUGGACUCACUCUGUGUGCAGUAAUAGUCUAUAUCAUUAUUAUCUGUAAGGUCCUUCAUUCGAGCAGUGAAUGUCAAACACAGAUUCAACCACACAGAACAGGGAGGUUUUCCAAUUGUUCGCAAGAAAGGCACCUAUUGGUAGAUGGGUAAAAAAAAACAGACAUUGAAUAUCCCUUUGAGCAUGGUGCAGUUAUUCAUUACACUUUGGAUGGUGUAUUAAUACACCCAGUCACUACAAAGAUACAGGCGCCCUUCCGAACUCAGUUGCCGGAGAGGAAGGAUACCGCUCAGGCAUUUCACAGUGAGGCCAAUGUUGAUGGGAGAAAAGUCAAAAGAAGGACGCCUGUAAAGAAUAAAAAAAUUCCAAAACAUGCUGUUUGCAAUAAGGCACUAAAGUAAUACUGCAAAAAAUGUGGCAAAGAAAUUAACUUUUUCUCCUGAAUACAAAGCGUUAUGUUUGGGGCAAAUCCCACUGAGUACCACUCUUCAUAUUUUCAAGCAUGGUGGUGGGUGCAUCAUGUUAUGGGUAUGCUUGUCAUCGGCAAGGACUAGAGGUUUUUAGGAUAAAAAUAAAUGGAAUAGAGCUAAGCACAGGCAUAAUCCUAGAGAGAAACUUGGUUGAGUCUGCUUUCCAGCAGACACUGGGAGAUAAAUUCACCUUUCAGCAGGACAAUUACCUAAAACACAUGGCCAAAUAUACACUGGAGUUGCUUACCAAGACGGCAUUGCAUGUUCUUGAGUGGAUUAGUUACAGUUUUGACAUAAAUCAGCUUGAAAAUCUAUGGCAAGACUUAAAAAUGGCUGUCUAGCAAUGAUCAACAACCAACUUGACAGAGCUUGAAUAAUUUUAAAAGAAUAAUGGGCAAAUAUUGUACAAUCCAGGUGUGCAAAGAUCUUAGAGACUUACCCAGAAAGACUCACAGCUGUAAAAGCUGCCAAAGGUGAUUCUAACAUGCAUUGACUCAGGGGUUGAAUACUUAUCCAAUCAAGAUAUAUUAGUGUUAGAAUUCUUCUUCCACUUUGACGUUCAAAUAUUUUGUGUAGAUCGUUGACAAAAAUGACAAAUCAAUUUUAAUCCCACUUUGUAACACAACAAAAUGUUAAAGUCAAGGGGUGUGAAUACUUUCUGAAAGUAUUCUGAAAGUAUUCAGACCCCUUCCCUUUUUCCACAUUUUGUUAUAGUUGUUACAGCCUUAUUCUAUAAUGGAUUAAAUAAAGAAAUGUCCUAAUCGAUCUACACACAAUACCCCAUAAGGACAAAGCGAAAAUAGGUUUUUAGAAAUGUUGGCAAUAAAAAACUGAAAUACCUUAUUUACAUAAGUAUUCAGACCCUUUGCUAUAUGAGACUCGAAAUUGAGCUCAGGUGCAUCCUGUUUCUAUUGAUCAUCCUUGAUGUUUCUACAACUUGCUUGGAGUCCACUUGUGGUCAAUUCAAUUGAUUGGACAUGAUUUGGAAAGACACACACCUGUCUAUAUAAGGUCCCACAGUUGACCGUGCAUAUCAGCAAAAACCAAGCCAUGAGGUCGAAGGAAUUGUCUGUAGAGCUCCGAGACAGGAUUGUGUUGAGGCACAGAUCUGGGGAAGGGUACCAAAAAAUGUCUGCAGCAUUGAAGGUCCCCAAAAACACAGAGGCCUCCAUCAUUCUUAAAUUGAAGAUGUUUGGAACCACCAAGACCCUUUCCUAGAGCUUGUCGCCCAGCCAAACUGAGCAAUCAGGGGUGAAGGGCAUUGGUCAGGGAGGUGACCAAGAACCCGAUGGUCACUGACAGAGCUCCAGAGUUCCUCUGUGGAGAUGGGAGGACCUUCCAGAAGGACAACCAUCUCUGCAGCACUCCACCAAUCCAAAAUGGUAGAGUGGCCAGACGGAAGCCACUCCUCAGUAAAAGGCACAUGACAGCCCGCUUGGAGUUUCCCAAAAGGCACCUAAAGGACUCUCAAACCAUGAGAAACAAGAUUCUCUGGUCUGAUGAAACCAAGAUUGAAAUCUUUGGCCUGAAUGCCUAACGUCACGUCUGGAGGAAACCUGGCACCGUCCCUACGGUGAAGCGUGUUGGCAGCAUAAUGCUGUGGGGAUGUUUUUCAGCAGCAGGGACUGGGAGACUAGUCAGGAUCGAGGGAAAGAUUAAAGGAAUAAAGUACAGAGAGAUCCUUGAUGAGAUUCUGCUCCAGAGCGCUCAGGACCUCAGACUGGGGCGAAGGUUCACCUUCCAACAGGACAAUGACCCUAAGCACACAGCCAAGACAACGCAGGAGUGGCUUCGGGACAAGUCUCUGAAUUCCUUGAGUGGCCCAGCCAGAGACCAGACUUGAACCUGAUCGAACAUCUCUGGAGAGACCUGAAAAUAGCUGUGCAGCGACGCUCCCCAUCCAACCUGACAGAGCUUGAGAGGAUCUGCAGAGAAGAAUGGGAGAAACUCUCCAAAUAUAGGUGUGCCAAGCUUGUCGCGUCAUACCAAAGACUCAAAUCUGUAAUCGCUGCCAAAGGUGCUUCAACAAAGUACUGAGUAAAGGGUCUGAAUACCUAUGUAAAUUUAUUAUUUCAGUGUUUUAUUUUUAAUACAUUUGCUAACAUUUCUAAAAACCUGUUUUUGCUUUGCCAUUAUGGGGUAUUGUGUGUAAAUUGAGGGGGAAAAAACUAUUUAAUCCGUUUUAGAAUAAGGCUGUAACGUAACAAAAUGUUUAAAAGGAAAAGGGGUCUGAAUACUUUCCGAAUGCGCUGUAUAUCUUUCCGAAUGCACUGUUGAAUGUUGAGGUCAAGACCAUCUCUUUUACAUCAAAACACACAGAUAUUCACACAACGCACUUUAGCCUACCACUGUUUGACUGCUGAUAUCUCCCUCCUCUCUCUGUAGUUCCCAGAUGAGACAUUGCGCAGCGGCGAGCUACUCAACAUGAUUGUAGCCGUCAUCGAUUCAACACAGGUAAUUCAACCACUCUCACACAAAAAUAUGCAAUACUGCAUAGUAUUUUCUCCUUCAACCCUCCCAUCUCACUCCCUCAAUCUCUCUUAUUUUUCUCUUUCAGCUGCAGGAACUGAUGUGUCACGUGAUGAUUGGCAAUCUGGUGAUGUUCCGCAAGGACUCUGUCCUCAAUAUCCUCAGUGAGUCACGUAUAACGUCAGAUACACACACACACACAGACACUCAAAUACUGACACACACACACACACACACACAUACACACACCCCAAACACACACAGACACUCAAAUACUGACACACACACACACACACAUACACACACCCCAAACACACACAGACACUCAAAUACUGACACAAACACACACACACACACACACACACACACACAGACUGAAAAAAACAGACUCAUUGUGCAAAGUGUAUGCUGAAUGUUAUCAGUCUUCAUAUUGUAUGAACUGUAUGGGCUUGUCUCACUGUAUGACAUAUUGUCUCUGCCCUACAGUCCAGUCUCUGGAUUGGGAGACGUUUGAGCAGUACAGCACCUGGCAGCUCUUCCUGGCCCACAGCAUCCCACUGGAGACCAUUAUCCCCAUCCUGCAGCACCUCAAGUACAAAGGUGAGAUGCAUAUAAAGGCCUAGAUAGACAUAUAGAUGGGCCAAAUUGAAAUGUUUCUAACAGAGGAACUACAAAAGUAAUAUGCAUGACCAUGGUAGCAAUUGAAAGAGAACAUUUUGGAGAUGGGGAAAUUAUCAGACGAUGAUGAGGGUGAGGACACAACAGUUCACCUGAAUCCAAACAUUACAAUGUUGAUUUUAUGUGCAUUUUACAUUUACUGUACUUUUCACAGCAGUUGUCAAUAACAAAAUCUGAAAAUACUCUGGAUACAUUCACUAACAUAAUAAGAAUAUUAAUUGAAAUUUUGGAAUAGGUGAAAGAUAAGAAAAAAACAAUUACGAGGGUUUGAGUGAGAGGUCUAACUGGUGUCUUCAAGUGGCCACACACCUCUCUAAACUGUGCACAGUUCCUACGUAUUUUUAAUGCACUUUUAUGACUCAAGGAAAGAGCCUUCAACUAUAAGGUGUUUUUUGAGCUUUGCCAUUGAGGAACUGAAGCAAGCACCAUUGUAAUUUCUUGUUUGGAACACAGCCCUUCAUCCCCACCAUCACACAUAUACUGUUGUUGUUUACGCAAUCCAAAAAACAUUCCAUUAUUAAUCGCAAUCUGGGUCAGAUGGGCAUCAUUUGGAAGCUUAUUCUAUUGCCAACAUGGAUAUCUAAGUUAUAAAAUACGGUCUUACAGUGUGCAUAGAAUGAAGUCAUGAGUGCAUUGAAGUGUGUGUUCUUCUGCAGAUUUUCUUCACAAUACAACAAACAGGCUCAUUCUGUUCAGGACAACCCCAGUGUAUAACGCAUGUCAUCCUGUGGAUCAAACAUAGCGAUCAUAAACGUUGAUACUGUAAAUGACACAAGUUUUCAAAUAUGGAUAUGUGAAGUGCACUUUUGGACUUACGGGGGCAUAUCCCUCACUCAGACAACAACAGAUGUGCAAAAGUAGCCCAAUUAGUGGAGGGGUGGGGGCAUCUUCUUGUUGCACGCGGUGCUCAAGUUUAUAACGGCUGUCAGUCAAAACCCAUACAGCGCUGUGAAGCGGAGAACCUGAGUUCUGACGUCAUGUAUAGCGUGUUACUGUACAGCCACUGCGUUCCAAUUUAGGCGCUUAUCAAUGACAAGAUCUGCCAUUUUCAACCCGUAUACGGGACGACGGGCUGUGAGUGGAAAGGGUUUAAUGUAGCAUUUUCUAUUAGCUGUCAGCUAUUAACAGAAGCUGGUAGUAGCUUAACUGUUAUCUUAGAAUAUUUGAGCUGGGUAUGCUAUUGACCUUCACUGAAAUUAGUUAAUGGUUCUACACUUUUCUUUCCUGGUAUUACCACUGGCAUAAUAUACUCAUUCUAUGCUCAUGUUGUACCUCUUCCUCUCCAGAACACCCAGAAGCACUCUCCUGUUUGCUGUUGCAAUUACGCAGGGAAAAGUAAGCUAUAUUUAUAGGUACAUCUCUGCAAAUGAAUAAAAACAAGACUACAGUGGCACUGGUACUGAUCCCUGUGGUGCUCCUUCCCCCUUCAGGCCCAGUGGGGAGAUGGUGAAGAUGGUGCUGAGUCGGCCCUGCCACCAGGAGGACCAGUUCACCACCAGUAUCCUGCGCCACUGGGCAGCCAAGCACGACGAUGUCCUGGGGGAACACAUCAAAGCCCUGCUCAUCAAGAACAACAACCUGCCACGCAAACGCCAGAGGUGACUACGAGACCACCGCUUUCCAUUUUUAAAGAGAUCACGUUUUUACCCCAAUCUUAAUAGUUUUCUUUACCUCCAGAGAAGAUAUUUGAUGACAUGUUACAUCAAUCCACUGUUUGGAUAUUGCUGAUGUUGGCAUCCAAUUGGUUUUCAUUGGUUCGCUACGCUUUCUAAAAUGGCUCACACAUGCAGUACUUUAAUUCAACGCUUUCACUCCAGAAGAUCUGGGUUUGACUUAGAAUUUUUCGACGGAACUGUUUCCAACGAUUUGAAGUUGUAGUUUUCAUACUCGUAUUCCAUGCAUUGUUGACUUCACAGCACUUUCUGUAAGUCAAACUGAUCUUCUCUCGAGGUAAGAAAAACUAUUAUGAUUGGUGUAAAAGUCCGGAAAUCUCUUUUAACUGAAGAGACACACAUGGGUUUAAAUGCUUCAGCAUGGUGUUCUAGUGUUUCUGUUAAUUGAUGUUGAGCUUUUGUUGGUUUUGACUGCACUGCAAAUAGCCUGCCUGCUCACCCAUGGUCUUGAUUAUAAGUUGAAUCGGUUGUUUAAAUGCUGGGCUGGAACAAAAGCCUGCACACUGUGUUGGUGACCGUUAGGUUAAAGCCUGGUAACAGUAGUGUUCCUCUUCACUGGAGUAUAAGCAAGGAGUUUUGUUUUAUUGUCUGUGUGUCUCCCAGUCUGCGCAGCUCCAGCAGUAAACUGGCCCAGCUGACCCUGGAACAGAUCCUGGAGCACAUGGACAACCUGAGGCUGAACCUCAGCAACACCAAGAACAGCUGUGAGUCACACACACACACACUGUUUUACUCUUCUAAAACACACACACUCUCCUGCAAAAGCAACAAACUAACACCGCAUUAUACACUUACCUCAGUAUUCCCCAAACACACCUCUAACCCAGUGCAGAGUACCGUACCGUGAACUCUGACCCUUCUCUGUCUGUGUGUCCCCAGUCUUCACACAGACGCCCAUCCUGCAGGCACUGCAGCACGUCCAGGCCAGCUGUGACGAGUCCCACAAGAUGAGGUGAGACCCCAGACUCUCUUCCUGUCCUCAAAGAGGAUCAUUUAAAGAUGACUAUGAAUAACACAUAGUUACUAGGAGUGUCUUAUAGGGGUUUAAGAGUAUGACAGGAUUGUAAAUGUGUCCCUUCUUUCUGUCUUCGCCGCUCAGAUUCAGCGACCUCUUUUCAUUGGCCGAGGAGUAUGAAGAGCCCUCCUCCAAGCCUCCCAAGUCACGGCGCAAGGCCCCCGCUUCCUCCCCACGGUCGCGUAAGGGAGCUGCCACCCCUGUUAGCAACGAGGAAGAGAGCGCGUCCAGCAGUGCCUCGGUAGGUCCUCCUAUAACCACUUCCUGUUAUAUCCUGUUUAGAGACUGCGUUAAGAUGAGCCUCACAUAGUCCCAUACCCUUGUACACUCCAGCACCAGGAUUACAUUUGGUUCUGUUAAUUGCUGAUUAACAGAACUUUAACUGUUUCGGUGUCUCCGUCAGCUGUGUCAUUAUAGUUUCACUACCAAAAUGGUGGGUUUUUUAAGCUCUCCUGGUUUCAGAAGCUAUUUCUGUCUCCACUUGUUCCUCUUACCUCCUUUUAUUUCCGUCUCUACUCCAGGAGGAAGAGGACUCCAAACCCAAAGCUCCCAAGAGGAAGAGGAAAGGCUCAUCUGCGGUGGCCUCGGACAGCGACUGAAAGCCCCACAACCAACCCGCUCCCACCUGCCAUAGUGACAUCCCUGAAGACAGGACCAUCAGCCAACCAGCUUCUCCGAACCACUGAAGAAACCCCGCCCCCAGAGACACUCAACAAGAGGGGGCUCCUCCGCAUGGACUUUAAUGCUACUGGCCGGAGCCAUGGAGACGCUCUUCCUCUCCUCUCACUGGUCAUUGGCUGCUUUGUGUCAGUUGGUCUGGCUGGAUUGGUCAGGGGGGGCAUUCCAAAGUGCUCGAGAAGCGAGGGGAAAUGCCAGUCGCUGUGGCACAGACUGACAGAAGUACUGUUACGAGACUGA